UGAGGGAUGUGGGGAUGAAGAGCCUGCAGGCCCUCACCUCCCGGGUUGCUGAGCAGUGGAUCCAGCAGCUCGGCCACAGGUAAUCUUCCACGAUGUGGCUGUGCUGACGGACAAGCUCUUCCCUGUCGUGGAGGCCAUGCAGAAGCACUUCAGUGCUGGCUCAGGGACCUACUACAGCGACUCCAUCUUCUUCCUCUCUGUCGCCAUGCAUCAGAUCAUGCCCAAAGAUAUCCUCAGGAUCAUUCAGCUUGACCUGGACCUAAAGUAUAAGACCAACAUCCGGGAGUUGUUUGAGGAGUUUGACAAUUUCCUGCCAAGUGCCAUCAUUGGCAUAGCCAGAGAGAUGCAGCCCGUGUACAGGCACACUUUCUGGCAGUUCCGCCAAGAGAACCCCAAGUCCAAGGUUGGGGGGCCUCCCCCCGAGGGGCUCCCAGGCUUUAACAGUGGGGUGAUGCUGCUGAACUUGGAGGCCAUGCGCCAGUCCCCGCUCUACAACCGCCUGCUAGAGCCUGCGCAGGUGCAGCAGCUGGCUGGUAAGUACCACUUCCGUGGCCACCUCGGGGACCAGGACUUCUUCACCAUGAUCGGCAUGGAGCACCCCGAGCUCUUCCACGUGUUGGACUGCACCUGGAACCGGCAGCUGUGCACCUGGUGGCGGGACCAUGGCUACAGUGAUGUCUUCGAGGCCUACUUCCGCUGUGAGGGCCACGUCAAGAUCUACCACGGGAACUGCAACACCCCAAUCCCCGAUGACUAGGGGGCCCCUGGGACAGGCUCCGGGCUGCACCAGCUCCUCCAGAGACUCUGCAGGGAUGUCCUGUGGGAUCCAGGUGCUGCCGACCCCUCAGCCAGCCGGUCCCUGUCCUAAGGACAUCCCACAAGGACUAAAUUUUGAGUAGCUGUGCUCAGGACCUAAACUCAGGGGGCCAGCAUCACCGGUUGGCUGGGAAAAGGCAUUGGAAGAGAAGAAAGAAACAAAAAUGAUACCCUUGAUCCCAAGGAAUCAAAAUCCUUUUAAGAACUGGCCUUUCCUUGACCAAAUAUCAGUUUGACUCAAAUCGCUAAGCUUGUGUUUUAUGAGAAAGAACAAACAGCACUGCUAUAACUCUGGGUGAGCUUGGAGUGAGCGAGCCAGGCUUCCUGCAGGCAGCCGGAUCUUAGCAUCCUGAGGAGCCCCGACCUUCCUCAUCCUCACCCAUGGGGCCGGGGGCUUCCUGUCAAGAUGUCAGCUGCUCAGUGCAGGCUUCAGGAUCCACCUUUUUAGGGGAAACCUUCAGGGCCAGCUGGGGCCCAGUAGCAGUCUGCUUAUUUGUAGCAUUCACAGCUCGUACCUCCCAGUUACAGCCCAGAAUUCCAGCGACCCUCGUCCAUUAUGCAACCAGCCCAGGUGACCUGAGCGAACUAAGAAGUCAGGUCCACUGCCAAGAGCAGCGGUUGGCCACUCCGACAUGCAGCUGACUUCACCUGGACCAGGAAGACCGAUUCCAAAGAGGAGCCCAGCCACUCACGAGCACCAGGCUUGGCAUCAUUCUAGUCUGUUUAAAAAAGGUCAUCUUUGUCCUUUCCUCCCUCUACCGCACAGAAAUUAGGGUGUGGUUUCUUUAGUUCUUCUUGUGACAGAUUCCCCCGUAAGUGAGCUUCGAACCCAAAGCCUGUCAGGGUCCAUCUCACACGUAGUCCAGCGGAAUACGGCAGAGAUGCUGUGGGACCAUUCAUCUCAUUCUGUUUCAGCUCUAUUGGCUUUUGAACUUAUUCUCGCUAUGCGUGAGAGAGCUAAUAAAGAAUCUUUGA